CACCAUAGCUAAGUACCGUCAUCUGUCAGCUUGCGGAGUUCCGCAGCUUCCUCCCUUGGACACGAUACUAAACUGUAACUCAAGCUUCAGUUUCGCCCAUAGUUUCGAUAUCGCUGACCACAGUCGCUGAACGUCCAUCACAACCAUGUCUCUCUCAAAUAUCGCUCUCAUUCUCGGUGCUCUCACUGCUGGUGGAGGUAUCACAGGAUACAUCCGUACCGGAUCAAUUCCCUCCGUCGCAGCAGGCGUCACCGUCGGACUGCUCUACAUCCUCGGAGGACUGCGCAUCCAGAACCGCAACCCCUACGGUGUUGAGCUCGCUCUUCUUGCUUCGAUAGUACUUGCUGGCAGCUCGAUUCCCCGCGCGAUUAAGUCCGGCAAGCCGCUGCCCAUUGGACUGAGUCUUUUGGCUACGUUUGGACUGUACACUUUUGGCACUGCGUUCCAGAGGGGAAGCGCGAGGGUCUAGGGCAUCGAACACGCUCAUGAUUGGAACAGGCAAGGGGGAAACAUGUGUACUGUAGGACUAUAUUGGAAUCAAGUUGAGU